ACAGACACUGGAGCAUGCCGCCGGCGAAAACCUGAAAUAUUGACAUACAAAUCGUAAAUUAUUGUAAUAGAAGUUUUGUUUUAAUGACAGUAAGGCAUGGCGGGUUGAAAAGUUCAACAUUUAUAGUGUUUUCACAAGUUAGUAAACCAAGGAGAGUGACAGAGAGCGUAAGAAGAGACCCUUUGUAAAAAGCACAGCGCAAGACGUAGGAGGAAUACCUGAGUCCUUAGAAAGAAGAGACAUGAAUUUAAAUGACUUUGUGGUGCUUCCUAACAACAAGGCCAAAUCCGUCAAGCUCAAUGCCAGGAACCUGCAAGAACUCCAGAUGGAGACGGUGACUCUGGCCCAGGAGAGCAACGAGAUGGAGGAGAAACUGCAACAGCUGAAAGAAAGCAUGAGUAAAGAGAAGGAGGAGAGAGGGCAUUCUGGAGGGUUUAGAUGGAAGUCUGGACAAUAUGGUUCUUUAAACAGCAAUGCACUAACAAACAGUACCAAGAAGAACAAGGAGAACAGACUCCAAAAGCUGUCAGCAGGCAAGGCAAAGAUCCGAGUGCUGAAGGAUGAACCUCUGACAGCCACACCUCAGCCGCCUCCCCCACCUCCACCCCAUACCACUGGUCCUAGUAGGACAAGGAAAAACAGACUGAGGGGAACACGCUGUGGACAGUGUGAAGUCAAGACUGCAGGACUUAUGUGUGCUGAAUGCACAGAGGACUACUGCAUUGGCUGCUUUACCAAAUUCCACCAGAAGGGGGCACUGAAGCUCCACAGAAUGAUACCCAUUCAGACAGAUUUACAGACCCAUGUGAGCACUCGAGAUGUUGCCAGCUGCUUCCAAGAACAGAUUAACCCUAGCUACUAUGCCAGUAAUAAUCCCACUUCCAGUUCUAAACCCAAUCCCAAUCACACCUUGAAGUCCAAUAACAUACCAGAAGAAGGACCAGAGAUUGUGGCACCACCUGUGCAAUUGCACCCUGCCAGCCAGGUGUUGGCUGUGAAUCACGGAGAGGAGGACAAUGCGGAAUUGAUUGAAGGACAGGAAAGAAAGGAUAAGAAGGCAUUUCCCACCUCCCUUCUUAGUGGACAGUACAGCGAGGAGGUGUCUGCAAGAUCUUUCCAGGAAGCUCUCAGAGAGUGGAGAGGAGAGAAGAGUGAUGGAGCAGGAGAACCCAUGAGUGAGGAGGCAAUGUGGACACCCAUCCAACCAGUGUCCGUGUCAGCUAUGGCGACCCAGGCUGACCUAGCUCCAGACAGAGGAGCUGCAGGACGAGAAAGAGGAGAGGGAGAGGGGAGGGUACCUGACAGGGUGGAGUUCACAGGAAACAGCCUUACCUACAUUGACAGAUUGCUUCUUAAGAAGCACAGCAGAACACCAAUUGAACCUUAUCGUCCAUUGUUGGCCUUUGGCGGAGACUUAAAAUCACAACCUAACACAGACACUGUGGAGGAAACUGCCUUCAGCCAGAGAGCUCAGGAGGAGGAUUGUCGCCGCUACUGUGCAUCAUUGUUUGCUGUCCCUGUCAGCAGGGGCAGGACUGAGCCUCAGAUUACUACACCUGAAUCGUGCCUCGUCAUAGAAGUCCUGGAUGAGAAAGACAGAGACAUAAAUGGGGUUUUUGAUGCUGAACAGGGGACAGACGACAACAAAAGGGUUCCCUCUGUUCAGCAGGUCCUCGGUAAGGGAACACUGGUGCCCCGAACAGCCCUAACCAGCGGUGGGUCCUCAAGAGUCCGCUGCUCUUCUCCCAGUCCAGUGCAACCAUCCAGGGAGUUGAAAGCACUAGCUGCACAACCCAAAGCAGCUCGAAAGCUCCGUCUGUUUAAGCCUCAGACUUCACAAGCAGAAAAUUUAACGCAAUCAUGCCCGAAUCCUGAAACACCAAGGACUUCAAAGAGAUCAAUCAAGACACCAACCUUAACGUCACAAAAACCAAAUUGCUUCACAAACAUCCAUAAAUCAAAACCUGACCACGGAUCAAUACAACUUUUGUCUUCUCCCACAUUAGCAGAUUCCCAAACUGAGAUCCCUGAAUCCUCACGCUCCUCUGUUUCGUUUCCGCCUGAUGUUUCUCUUAUGGCUAGUACCACAACUCCAGUCCCAGAAGAGGAUCUCUCCUCUUCUCCAAUCGAAUCCUUCUCCCUUAGGUCUACGUUCACAGUCUCACCAUCAAGCUCCACUGAGUCAACCUUAUUGCCCAAAGUUAACCAAUCAGCCCCUGAAUCACAAAAACGCUUAGACUCAUCCCUGUUACCAGAACAACCCCAAUCUUCCCAGUUAAUCCCAGAACCAAUCUCAUCACUGAAGCUUUCCCAAUUGCCCCCAAGCAAUCUUGAGUCCAGAUGGCAAUCUCAACAUUUCUGUGACCCAGUGUCUCUCCUAUCAGACAAUCAACUCCAGCUGCCUCCGUCACCUGUGUCUUCUGGUCCAAACAUACCAUCAAAAUCUCUGGAACCAAGUCCACGUGUAAAAACUGUCUCCAGUUUAUCUCUAUAUAACAAGUGCACUCCAGAUGCAGACUCUAGUCAUACGUCAACUCCAACAAAUCAGGAUUCUUCAGUUUUUCUGUCCCCUACCUCCAUCUCUGGUGACAUGGAAACAACUCUGGAUGCGCAAUGUAUAUCAUCACUUUCAUCACAUUUCCUAGAUGUCUUCAAUAAGCCUCCUUUAGCUGUGAAAAUGGAGAAGGAAGAGGAACUCUCAAUAGACAGUGGUGAUGAAAUGUCCAGUGAUAGCCUGGGUCUGGCUCCACAUGAGGAAGACUCUUCAGACGAAGAAGAGCAGAUGCAUAGACGUUUAACGAGAGGGAGAUCCAGAGAAGAAGAGCAAGAGAAUCCUGCCAUAUCUCAUCCAGAAGAUGCCUUUGUUCCUGCGGAUGCAGACAGAGGAAAAGAUUUGCAGACUGAUGAGCAAGAACAGCUGUCAGAACCAUCCAGGGUGAUGCACAACCAGAGUGCUGGGUCCGGAUCAGAGCAGUUCUGUGUUCUCGAUGGGUCUUACCCUCCGGGUUUGGACAUGAAUUCCGGUCACUCCAGCACACCAGAACACACACAGUGUGACCCGCUGCACACAUGCCAAACUUCCCCACGUGUUUCAGAUGCAACAGGUUCGGACUGUUAUGGGCCAGGGGGCAGCCUCACUACCUAUGCUGAGGAACACUUGGUUUUUAGAAUGACGAAGGAUAACCACAUGCAACCAAAUGGAAUUCAGAUUCACUCAACCAGCCCCACCAGGAGACGAGAAAUACCGGCAAAUGAACUAGGAACAUCUGGGUCUAGCUUGUCUGGCGAGUCCACACCAUUUCUGCUGCACCGUCCAAAUACAAACCCAAGCCCUUUCUCUGCACCUGUCUCUCCAUCCCUCUCCCAUUCUCUUUCUCGUCCCCUCUCUGCCUGCCUGUCCCGUCCUACAUUGAAUCCCGCGUUCCGUCCGUUGUCCCGAGCUGCCCAGGAGAUCAUGGAGAUCUGUAGUGUGGACGAGACAGGCUGUGAGGAUCCAGACCUGGACACCGACACGACCGCACACACACUCCACGGUCUGGAGCAGGAACUCAGACUCAUGACCAAAGAAACGGAGAAGCAGGCUUUAUUAUUUGGUACAGAAAGCAUUGGAAGGCAAGAUCAGCAUGGAAAUCAUUGUUUGACACGGGGCAAAGCCAGCGAGGAACAAAAAGAUGAGGAGGCGGCUGCACAGAGAGACCGGCAGAGUGUCUUCUUACUACCCUGAGAUAUGCACACACACAUGCAUGUAAAAACACAAACUUGCUUGUUAAAUGAGAAAAAGAGGCGUGAACCCACAGAGAUAUAAGAGACUGAAGUGAGGAAAAACACACAGCGGAUGUAAUUUAAAUUGUGUUCAUGUGGUGCAGAUGCCCCUAAUAAUAAAUCCGCGGGGGACUCUUGUUCAAAUUGAUGAAAAUGUAUAUGUAGUGCUUUGAAAGAACACUGUUGGAUAUUCAAUAAAUUGUUUCUUGAUUGUC